GAAAAAUAUUUUGUUACUUGUGAAAUUAAAAUGAAUAAAUCUUAAAUAUUUGUGUUUUUUGGACAUGGGUGACUCGUAUACACCGUUUUACGUUGACCGAGCUAAGGGUGGUAGGGCUUCGUGCAAAUCCUGCAAGAGUAAUUGCCCAAAUGGUGAAUUACGCAUUGCGAAAUUAGUUCCUAGUCCUUAUAAUGAAAAUCAACCUAUGAAAUCCUGGCAUCAUGUGGAUUGUUUUAUGAAUAUACUGUUAAAACAACGCCCUACAACUAAGCGCAUUGAUUCAAUAGACGAUAUUGAAAAUUGGCAGAAUUUGUCUGAAGAAGAUCAAAAUUUCUUAUUGAAAAAAAUAAACGAAACCGAAAAACUUUUCGCUGAAAAACACGACGGAAAAUAUGUUGCGAAAGUGAUAAAAAAUGAGUCAAAACCUCUCAUUAAAUCGACUAGUGAUGUAUUUGAAAAAGGUGAUUUCAACAAAAGUGGCUGUAUACAAAAUAUUCAAGACAAUAAGUUUUCAGAAUUCGUACAAUUAUGCAAACGAAUAUCCAAAGUUGAUGCGUAUACUGAGAAAACAUCAGUUGUGAACAGAUUUUUUACAAGAGGUUGUGAUGGUGACCAUUUUAAAGGGGAUUUACCUCUGUGGUGUAAGUUGCUACUUCCUCAAGUUUGUAAAAGAGUUUAUAACCUUAAAAGUAAACAAUUAGUAAAAUUAUUUUCCCGGAUAUUUCAUAUGGAUCAUGAUGAUAUGCUGACGCAUUUGGAGCAGGGAGAUGUAGCAAAUACAAUUCAGUGCUUCUUUUCAAAAUCUAAAUUUGUGCAACCAGCUAGUGAGAGCACACUUACUAUACAGGAGGUUGAACAAUUCCUUGAGGAACUCUCAAAGUUAACAAAAGAAGAUGAACAAAUAUAUCAAUUUAAAAAAAUUGUAAAAAAAUGCAAUCUAGAUGAUAUGACUAUGUUGAUCCGUUUAAUCAAGGGUGAUUUAAGGAUAAAUGCUGGACCAAAACACAUUCUGGAAGGUAUACAUCCAGAUGCAUACCAAGUGUUUCAAACAUCGAGAGAUUUAGAUAUGGUUUUAGACCGUGUUCUAUCUCAAAAUGACAAAAUAAAACAUAAAGAUGUGAUCCAGAAAUCUGUGCAAGCAAAACUAGUUCUAAUGACACCAGUAUUGCCUAUGUUAGCUGAAGCAUGUAAGUCAGUAGAGAUGGCUAUGAAGAAAUGUCCAAAUGGAAUGUUUUCAGAAAUCAAAUAUGAUGGAGAGAGAGUGCAAGUUCAUAAGAGAGGUUCGGAAUUUAAAUACUUUUCUCGAGCUUUAAAAUCUGUUAUGGCACAUAAAGUGAAUCAUUUCAAGGAAUAUCUUCCUAAGGCAUUUCCUAAGGGAGUCGACUUAGUACUAGAUGCAGAGGUUUUGUUGGUCGAUGUGAACACGGGGAAACCUUUACCAUUUGGUACAUUGGGUAUACAUAAACAGUCUGCAUUCAAAGAUGCUGAAGUUUGUCUUUAUGUCUUUGAUUGUCUUUAUUAUAAUGGAGAUAUUUUAAUGGACUUGCCUAUUGUAAAAAGAAGACAAAUACUUCUCGAUAACAUGAUUGAAGUGAAAAAUCAUGUUAUGUUUUCGGAACAAGAAUUAAUAAAAAAACCAGCAGAUUUAGCAAAAAUGAUUGCAAAGGUUCUACAACUAGGCUUAGAAGGUCUUGUUUUAAAGGACCUAGAGUCAAUAUAUGAACCUGGCAAAAGACAUUGGCUAAAAGUAAAGAAAGAUUAUUUGUUUGGUGGGGCAAUGGCUGAUACUGCAGAUUUGGUUGUACUUGGGGCUUGGUUUGGUACUGGUAAAAAAGGUGGAAUGAUGUCAGUUUUCCUUAUGGGUUGUUUAGAUACACGACGGAAUCGUUGGGUGACUGUAACUAAAGUUCAUACGGGACAUGAUGAUCCCACAUUGGAGAGAUUACAAAAAGAACUUGCCCCAUUAAUGGUGAAAAUAUCACAGGAAUACACGAAACUUCCAACUUGGUUAGAUUGUAACAAAGGAAUGGUGCCAGAUUUUAUUGCCAAAGAUCCAAAGAACCAACCUGUUUGGGAAAUAACUGGUACGGAAUUAACUAAAGCAAAUUUACACUCAGCAGAUGGCAUUUCAGUAAGAUUUCCAAGAGUGACAAGAAUAAGAGAUGACAAAGAUUGGAAAACGGCAACUAAUUUAAAUGAAUUGAAAGAACUCUAUAAAACAUCCAAAGAAAAAACAGAUGUUUCACUAUUAAAUAAACUUGCUGAAACAGCAACUGAUGAACCUCCUGCAAAGAAAUUUAAAAGCAGUCCUUCUAAAGUAUCACCAGUUAGAGUAAAAGAAAAGAAACCUUUAAAUGGUGUUACGAAGAUUGACAAAUUUCUAACAAAUAAAGGUUCACCAAAGAAACGAAAAUCCAAUAAAUUAAAUUCAUCUUUAGAAAACAGUGACACAUCUACAUUAGACGAUGAAACUAAGUCAAAUGAAUUUAAAUUUCAAUUACUACCAGAUAAUCCAUUACCGGAUGCAUUUUUGGAUAAAAAAAUCGGUUUUUAUCCAGACUUUAUAAGUAUACCUGAAGACGAAAGAAGAUAUUUUGAAAGACAUUGGAUUGCAUAUGGUGGAAUUAUUGUUAAAUCAAUUAAAUCACCAAACGUUGAUUAUCUUGUACAUAAUGAUGAUUGUAUUGAAUUUAGAAAAAUGCAAAAAUUAAAAAUUAAAUGCCCGGCUAAUGUGAGACAUGUUACAAAGAAUUGGUUAAAGAAAUGUAUUAAUAAUAUUAAAUUAUUUGAUACUAAAUAUUAUGCUGUGACUGUUUUGCCUUAA